GACAGUUAAACGUUGCAUACGUUCAUGAUGGUGUAGUAUAUGUAUAUAUUUACAUUAAUAUUGUAAAUAUAUAUAUACGUAAUUUCCUUAUUUUAUGUAUAUAUAAAUAAAAGAUGAAAAUUAAAUUAAAAGAGUGUUGUAUUUGUUUGUGAAUCGCUUAGUUCAAGGAAAUGGGUGUCGAUAAAAAAUCUCAAAAUGCAAAUGACGGUAAAAUGCAAUUCGAAGCUGCAUUGGAUUGGGCAGGUUUGUAUAAACAACUCCACGAACAACCAGCGUGUCUAUUUCAACACUUAUAAAUAUUUAUUAUGAAUUUUACUAACCUUCUUUGCUUUAUUAAGAAAUGAAUUUUAAACCGUUAUUAAUAAAUAAUCAUAUCCCAACGGAUUAGUAAGCUAAAGUGGCAAUGGGCUGGCCAUAUAGCUCGAAGAACCCACAGCCGAUGGGGAAGAAAGGUUCUCAAGUAGCAGUAGCAGCCCCAAAUCGGCAGGCGAAAUGUAGGGCGUCCCUCCGCUAUGGAGUGACGACCUGGUCAGACAUGCAGGAAGUCAAUGGAUACAGGUGCUUCAGGAUUUCUUAGUUGUAGCCAAUGUUCAGCAGUGGAAUUGUGAAGGCCUGUAAUGAUGAUGAUGAAAACUACUUUUACGGAUUCUAUCGCGAUUAAUUAUGCUUAUUUUUUAAUGCCCGACGUUUCGGGUGCUAUCCAGCACCCAUGGUCACGGGGGCCUGAGGUGAUUGACGUUACGAUGUCAUAGUUAACCCGGAGUACCUUCAGCUUUUUUAAUUAAUAGUUUUGGUCGGAUCUACGCCGAAUGAGCUUACUGUGUCUUGAAGGUUUACAGUGGUAUGCUUGGGUUUAGUUUUAUUUUGAUUAACUACAGGAGUCCAAGCAGGUUUACAAAUUGCAGAUUACUCAGCCCCCCUCUCUAUUGAAAUUAGGAUGUUUUUCUAAUUUCAAUAGCCUCACGUAUCAUCCUUGGCAGGAAUCUAUGUUUUUUUUUGCGAGAAUUGUGGUCUAUCUAAUCUAAUGUAAUGGCAGGGGCCGUCUAGUAUAUGAUCACAAACUGCAGACUUCCUGGAACGUUGGUGUUUCACGUCAGCUAUGUGUUAUUUUACGCGGAUUUUGAUAGAUCGCUUUGUAUGCCCUAUAUAUGAGAGACCACAUUCACUAUCAAGCUUGUACAUUCCUGCAUCUUGUUGAGGGAUGGUAAGAAGAUCGGCGGCUUGAAGAAUGAAAAAUAAAGAAAAAUAUUCUAAUAGAAGCUCGCUUCAAGAUGUAGCCAAUUUUGUCUGUGACACCUCUGACAUACGGUAGUACAGCAGGCACGCGCUCGACUGUGGAUGGCUUCACUCGGUCACUGUGACGUAGGCGCAUAAUAAAACCUACUUUAAAUAAAAAGUAAAAACCAAAUUCGAAGAACUAAAAAGAAUUUAAAAAAUCCCCUUAAUAGCUUAUGAAGUAGGUGCUUAGGCAUAAUGUACCGGAGAUGAUAACCCUGACUUCAAAAACAAUUACGUAGAAAUUAUUUUGUUCCUUAAUAUUUUCAAGUUGAUGUUGUCUUUUAAUUUUUAUUAAAAGUCUAAUUUUUGAACCUUUUGAGUACAUUAUGGUAUAACAAACUCAAGAAAACAACGAGAAUGUCGCCUGAAUAAUAUUAUACUUCAUAUUUUUCCUAUUUUAUUAUUUUUAUAAUUUUUUUAUUUCCUAUUAUUCCACCUUUAGGGGUGGAGUCAUGAAACCAUCUCUUAAGUACCUAUUAACUAUUUAAUAAAAUAUUAUCAUUAAAAUCAAUCCACAAUUCACGAUAUACGUGGGUAACUCAGCAAAAUUCCAUGUGUGAAAUUAGUAACUCAGGUGCAGUUUACUGGGCCAGCUCAUUGCGUUAACUCAAAAUUGUGCAGUGGGUGCAAUAAUUUUUACACACCUUAAGUAAGUACAAACAUAGAGAGAGUCAUAAAAAUAGAACUUUGGUUUCAUAAUGCAUUCAACACAUUAAUGUUUUAAUUAUGAAAAAGUCGUAAGCUUCUGGAAUUAAAAAUUCGUUACAUUCAAAAUUAUUAUAGUUCUCUAAUUUACUAAUCAUCGUAUUUACAAUUCAAAUGAUAACGUUAUUAGGAUCUCCUUAAGGCAAAAAUGCUUUACAGAACUUACAAUGGCGUUUAUUUUUAGGUUUUGGUCCGUACAGUUAUGUUUUGACGACUUUGGCUGGUUUUAUCAACAUCGCAUACACAUGUGUUUCUUCCGCGACCACUAUCAUCAUCCCUGCAAGCGCGUGUGAACUGGAGACAACCACAUCCCAACAAGGAUAUAUAGCGUCGGGACCAAGAUUUGGUAUAAUAGUGGGUGCUGUUAUUGGUGGAUACUUGGGAGACAAGUUCGGACGGCGUCGGGUACUGCUCUUUGCGCUCAUCUCGUCGGCUGUACUCAACGGCAUCGCCAGCAUCUCCGUCAACUGGGUCAUGCUGUUGAUUGUGCAGUCCCUCGCAUCAUUUUGUUCAGCUGGUCACUAUUCAUUAUCUAUUACAAUCCUCAGUGAGAGCGUUCCUAUGUGUAAAAGAAACCUACUGGUCUUGUUGGUCAACAGCAUCUUCUUGAUGGCCCAAGGUAUUAUGGCAGUAAUCGCCAUACCCAUUAUUCCACUACCGUUCUCUUUCUAUCUUCCCGGCUUGGGCAUCUACUGGAACUCUUGGCGAACUCUACUCCUCGUCUACUCUACACCAAGUCUUUUGGCUGCUCUCUUGCUGUUAUUCAUACAGGAGAGCCCAAAAUAUGUGUUUGCGAAAGGACAUGAAGAAGAAUCUAUAGAUAUUAUAAAAACUAUACACAGAUGGAAUAAUUGGAAACCAGCAGAAGAUUUUCAAAUAAAUGGUUUGACGUUGGAUGCGCAACAGCUUCACGGACCGACGCCAUCAAAAAACCAGAUCGUGCCUCUAUUUAAAGCACCACUUCUCAAAUAUACUGUGAUCAUAACAACGCUGUUUCUUUUCCAACAAGUUGCAGCGUUCACAGUCUGGAUGCCGACAAUUGUCAAUCAGUUCAUGCAGAUCGUGGAGACAGGAGUAGGCACAGACAGGAGUCUGUGCAGCAUUAUCAGUGAUAGUGUAGAAGUGCCAGUUGAUCCAGACGUCGCACCGUGCGCCCUGAACGUAUCAUCACUUCUGCUGGUGCUGUCAGUGGGUGCUCUGCAGGCAUUGCUUAACACAUUGCUAAGUUUGGUGGUGAACAGAGUUGGCUACCGCAACAUGGCCAUAUACUUUACAGUUGUGUGUGGAAUGUCGGGCAUCGUAGUGAACCUCAUAUCCAACGCCUACGCUAGCGUCGUUUUCUUCAUGAUCUUCAUGGCCGGAGUCUUGGUUAUGGGAAUGUACGUGGCCCUUACCGUUGCAUUGUUUCCUACACAUCUCAGGGCGCUGGCCGUAGCUUUAACACCAACUGGAGGAAGUAUUGGAAUGCUCGCUUCGGUACCGAUCCUCAACCGACUGCUCGAGAUCAAUUGCAAUGCUGGUUUUUAUAUAUUCAGUGGCAUUUUUCUUUCGUCGGCAUUCCUAGCUGCGUUUUUACCUGAUGACAGAUAUUUAUUGAAAACGAAACGAAAAAUGUAGGAAAAAUUAAAGUACAUGAACAAUUAACUCAGUGAAUUUAGUUUCAUUAUAAUUUACUUGUAAGUUAAUGUGGUGUUGUAAAUAUAGUACAAUUAUGUUAUUAUGUAAAAGUAUAAAAAACAUGUAGUUUGUGAGAUUCUUUUUUUAGAUAUUUCAUUGGAAUAGGAAAAUUCCUAGUAAUACGCCGAGUAUGUUGCUUCUUAAUCAACAUAAUAUAUUGCAUAUAAAUGAUAAUAAGCCUAUCACCCCAUGCUUCUAUGCAAUACGUCAUAGUAUGGUACCACGCAUAAGGCAGCCAAUUAGCAGACGGGUCAGACAAGAUAAUGACUUGUAUUUUUACAGCGGACAUGUUUACUCGCCCACUCAAAUUUCAACCAGCCUAUAACUGUACUUAUGUACAUCAAUUUUUUUUUGUAAAUUUAAGUUAAUUAAACAAUAAAUUAUUUUAUUCGGC